CUGCAGCAGUGCAAGCACAGCUUUAGUAUACCAUGAGUGCUGGACGCUGCUGGUCAUCUACAGGAUUCCCUUCUGUACAUUAUAGAAAAGAAAGCUGAAAUGCUAACCUGGAGGCAGCCAGAAAGGUCCAGAUAGAUGAGUUUGUGACAUCCUCUUCCAGAGCCAAGGGAUUCCAAAUACCCCCACUGUGCCUCCUUGACUCAGAAUCCCAAAUUUAAGACUUCCAAACUCAAAUUUCAGAGGAAUACUCUGACUGUUCCAGCUGUUGUACAAAGAAAUUGGGGCCAGCUGGAUGUCAGGAUGCAAGUGGUUACAAUUAUAAUACUACUCCUCUUUUGUAAAGCAGCUGACUUUAGGAAGAUAAGGAAUGGAAGUUCGAGAAACAGAGCUAAUAAUGGAAAGGCGAAUGGCUUAAGAAAGACAUCCAGCACUGUUAAGCGCUAUACCCCUGGCCUCCCAUGUGAUGUAUACACCUAUCUUUAUGACAAAUACUUAGAUUGCCAAGAAAGAAAACUGACUUUUGUAUUGUCUGAUUGGCCUGAAGAUUUAAAACACAUGCUCCUAGCUAGGAACAGGAUUCGCAAGUUGAAGAACAACAUGUUUUCUAAAUACAAAAAACUAAAAACCUUAGAUUUACAACAGAAUGAGAUAUCAAAAAUUGAGGACCAAGUUUUUUUCGGUUUAAACAAACUAACGACACUCUUACUUCAGCACAAUCAGAUGAAGACCUUGUCUGAGGAGGUAUUUAUUUACAUGCCUCUUUUGAGUUACUUGCGCCUAUAUGAUAAUCCCUGGCAUUGCAACUGUCAGAUGGAAAGUCUUAUAACAAUGCUGCAGCUUCCAAGAAACAGGAACUUUGGAAAUUAUGCUAAAUGUGGACAUCCAACAGAACGAAAAGGUCAAAAGCUCAAACAGAUAAAAGCUGAAUCUUUAUGCGCUGAAGGGGAAAGACCAGACCCGAGCAAUCUAGAAGUUCCAAAGCGUGACGUCACCAGACCAGAAUUUGAUUCCUCUCUCUGCCACAUUUAUUUGUAUCCUGUACAAACACUAGACUGCAGAAAGAAAGAGUUACAGACAGUUCCUGGUAACAUACCUCCAGAUGUUGUUAAACUCGAACUUUCCAACAAUAAAAUCAAGCAGCUACGACCCAAGGAAUUUGAAGAUAUUCAUGAUCUGAAGGUAUUAAACCUUAGUAGUAACGGGAUAUUUCACAUAGAUCCAGCUGCAUUUGCUGGACUCAUCAAUCUGGAAGAACUAGACUUAUCUAAUAACUCCUUGCAAAAUUUUGAAUAUGGAGUAUUAGAAGACUUGUACUUUUUGAAAAUACUUUGGCUUAGAGAAAACCCUUGGAAAUGUGACUACAACAUUCAUUAUCUUUUCUACUGGUUGAAGCAUCACUACAGUGUUCAUUACAGUGGCUUGGAAUGUAGAAAACCUGAGGAAUACAAAGGUUGGCUGGUUGGAAAAUAUGUAAGAAGCUAUUAUGAAGAGUGUCCCAAAGGCAGGCUCUCUGUUUAUCCAGAAACGUUUGAACAAGACACAGAUGAUGAAGAGUGGGAGAGGCUCAAGGAACCACAAAGAACAGCAAAGAAAUCUGGUGUACUUGUUACUGUAAUUGGUUAAUUUGGGGAUAUUUUUAUUGCUACAUUCAAGCCUGUGAUACUUUUUCUAUGAGAAAGAAAGUCUU